UAUUUUCUUUAAGAACAAAAAUAUGUGAAAUUAAUAUGUAAGACGCUUUUCUUAAAAGCAUAUCAACUUUACAAGAUGAAUGAAAUAGAAUAUAAAUUAGAAUCUACGAAUCCUGUUUUAAUAUCACACGCAACAUCUAAACUCUUCGAAUCUAACGAAAAAAAAUGUGAUCGAGAAGCGGAUCAUAUUUCAAAGAUAGCUGAAUUUAAAUUAUUACUAUCGAAACGAGACAGUACAAAUGCCACGCUUAGCAUAUCAGCCUGUCAAGCUUUGAUUGCUUUGGUCGAAAAUGGAUUAUGGGACAUUAACGAGGCAUUAUCUACUUUUACCUCGAGCAUCUCCUCCAUUAAAAAUUAUAUGGUUGCCACUACAACAAUAAGUCAUUUAUUGAUACUGGAUUUAAAGCGUGAUGCAAAAAAUAAAAUAAUAUAUUCAUUUACUUUACACACGCCACAGCAUCCGUUUAUAAGCAUUUUAAUUCGAGAUAAACGUAGCUGGCAGACUGUAUUAAGUCAAAUAACAUUUAUUGUGAAUCAUCAAGAUUAUAGAAUUAAAGAAAAUAGUAUAAAAAUGCUACGCCCUGUAUUUUUAUAUAUUUUAUGCAAUCCUUUGUUGGAUUCGAUGGAUUGUUGCAUGCAACAAGUUUGGCAAUUGUUAAUUAAAUCGAAAUACGGUACAAAUGUACAGACAGAAGUUUUACUUUGGUUGUGCACGGCAGAAAGUCAUUCUUGUGUAAAUACAAACUAUAGAAUUUUAGAACUUGCAGAGAAAGCUUUAUCAGAGAAGAAUAAAGAAUAUUGUACCGCUUUAUUGCCAAUGAUCGCAUCUUUGAUUAUACAAUUAUUGAAACAAGAUUCUGAUCCAAGAUCGAAUUUUGAUGUUAUAUUAAAUAUUAUUGACUACUGUGAUAGCUAUAUUGGAAAUCUUAUGUUGAUAUUAUUGGCAGAAGUAAUUACUUUAUGCCCGGCCAUUUACUUGUACAACGCUUUGCAAAUAUGUACGAUGAUAACAAAGAAAAUGUCUUAUGAUGAUAUAUUUUUUAGCACUUUGAAGGCAUCUGUGAUAAAGUGGAUGGCAUAUCCAUCCGUAUUGUGUUCUGAGGCAUUAAACUUAGCAAAAGAUUUAGCGAACAAAAUAUUCACAAAAAAUUUAACGUGUAACGUAGAGACGAUAUUUUCAAACAGACUUUUCACAGUAUUUAGUCAUUCCGAUUCAUACAUUCAAUUCUAUUCAGAACUGGUGAUGCAUUGUUCGAAUAUUUGGAAUUCGAGUGAUAUUUUAUCCUGGUUAAGAAAUAUAUCACGCGUACCGAUUUAUUUAAAAGACAAAUGUAAAUUACUGAUAUCUGGUCUUCUCUUGCAAUCGAACGAACCUCUGAUAGUCGAAUUAUGUUGUAGCGUACUCGUUGAUAUCAGCAGAGAAACAAAUAGUUUUGGCUCGCACGUACUUUCUUUGAUACUGCACAAAUUGACCAAAUGUAAAAGUAGUACAGAAACAAAAUGUUUACUGAUGGUUAUACCCGAGCUUGUAAGUACAAAAGAAAAUGUUCCAAUUAUAAACCAUACAUUGAACAUAUUGCUGAACGGUGACAAACAACUGAAAUAUUUUAUAAUCGAAUUAUAUCUUAAAGCAUUGAAAAGGGAACCAAGAUGUUAUAGAUUCGUCUCUGCAGCGAUAAUACAAUUGAUGAAAAACGACUACUCAUGGUAUUCAGAUGCGACCUGCGCUAGAGCUAUGAAAUAUAUUUGUGAAAAUUAUCCCGAGCACGGGGAAAAUUUGGUACCACUGUUGUCGCAAAUAUUAAAUCGUUCGACGAGCAUGAAUGGUGGAACUGCGAGUGCACUUGCACUUGGAUGUAUUUCCAUUCUUUGCAAGGCAUCCGUAAUAGACAUUUGUUCAACGUGGAGAGUGCUAGCUCCGAAAAUGGAAAAAGAGAAGCGUCCUAUUGUUUUGGAAAGCCUGUGUGAAUUAUUUGCUGACGCUGCAUUUUAUACACCCUCGCAGGGUCUUGAAGAGUACGAUCGAUUGAUCGACAAUAUCGUAUCGAAAUUGUGGACGUACACAACGUCCAAUGACGUGAAGGUAAUCAACUCUGCACUUAAAGCCCUAACUUCGUAUCGUUUGGAACAAUUAUCUUUGAAGACACUACCGGUGGAAUAUAAAUGCAAUCUCGUAUUACCGGCAGCAUACGCGAAAACACCAAUCGACGCGAUUAAAAAACCAGAAGAUAUACUUCCGUAUAUACCUGGUGUUUGUUGGAUACAAAUGCUUCAAAAUAUAAAUAAAGCUGCUUUACCAGCAGCCGGGAAUCUUUUAAUAUCUUUGGUGACGGAAGAGGUAAACAGUUUCCGAUCUGGCAUUUACGCUUGGCCUCAAGGGGAACCGCAAAACUUCAAGUAUUUGCCAGAAAAAAGCGUAAUCAGAGCGAUUGGUGAAUAUUUGAGGAAGUCAAACAAGAUUGAUUCAAAUAAUAAUCGUAUUAUUAUUACGGAAUGUUUACGAAUAUUUGCUCACAAAUAUCCGAAACCAUUGCCCAAUAUUAAUUGGAAUUUUCUAAAGAACAUGCUCGAUCUAUCGAACGAAACGAAACAAUAUACUCUUUCAAUCGUGUGUCAUCAUGCAACGAUAUCUUUAUCUGCUAAAUCAUUCAUAGAGAAUUAUCUAUCGAUGUAUAAAACGAUAAAUGAUAUAGAUUUUAGUUGGAGUAACAAUGAACACACUGUGUUAUAUUCGAAUCUCGAAGAUUUGUGUCAAGCUGUGCAACCAAAUAUCAUUAAACCGUUUUUAGAAAUAACGUUGAAACAUGUAAUUGAAAAAAUGGAUGUCGGUAAUAAAAAUUCGAUAGAAUCGUUCCAUUCUAUCAUGUAUUCGUAUGCUCAAACGUUGAAAAAUCCAGAAGUAUGUCAUGCUAAUUCUACAUUGCUUUCUACGAUAUUAGAAGAACUUUUGGACAAAAUAGAUUUAACGUGCGAUCAGUUUUAUUCUUAUUUCGCAGCAGCAUUGGAAUUACCAAUGAAACAUUUAGAAAGAAUGACAUCUCCUAAAGUAUGGUGGGAAACAAUACCGGGUAAAUUGAAAAAUGCAAUCGCGAUCAGAGGUGAAUUGGUUUUAAAGAAACACAGUUCCGAAGCUUCUUUAACAUGGUUGAACGAAAUCAUCGAUGAAACUAUUGCUUCUACAUUUAGUGUGCAAACAUAUUUCCUGAAUAUUAUACGAAAUGUGUUCAUCAAUAUGCAAUUUGAAAGAUCCAGUUUAAAUUGGAUUCUCGAUCUUAUGACACAAGUUCAAGGAUUUUUUAUGGAAUCACAGCAAAAUCAUUUUGAUAAAAUACAAUUCUAUUGUGAUAUUUUAUUUAUCUCUGUUAUUAGUUUAUCUGGUAUAGAUUCUAUGUUAAUGAAAGAAGAUUUAUUAAUUAAAUCGCAAAACAUUAAAAUAAAAUUAUUUCCUCAAGCUCUAACAAUUAUAUUUGAAAGACAGGAUUGGAAGCAUGCAAUUCCACAGAUGAUGGAAUGGUUAAAUUACAUGAGAAUGAGUAAUAUUUCUAGUUCGUAUAAAUCCACAUUUCAUCGAGCAUUAAUUUGUUUAAGACAUAAUUCCUAUUAUAGAGAUGUAUGGACUAAAUAUUUAUCGAUUAAAACAGAGAUCGAUAUUUAAUCGUAAACUGGUGUACGACUUGGACUAGAUUUUCUACUGCUCGGAUAUGAUUUUAACAAACGGGCCCUAUGAAAACAGAACAAUUUUUCAUAUAUUGCAUUCUAUAAUAAUAUAUAAUAAGCUCCAAUAAAUACUCUAAUUGUAAA